GUGAAGUUUUUGUUCGUAACCCUUUCCCCACCCCACCGUAGGCAUCCCGCCGCUGUUCCCCGACAAAGCAAGUUCCAGCGAAGAGUUCUGCCUUUUGCCGGAGGAAGUUUCGACCGAUAAAUCCGCGAUGAAGUUGAGGCAAACGAAAGGAAGGCAAUAGUUGCGCGCAGCAAAGCAGCCACCGCCACAAGUGCCCUGAAGGUCUGAUGGGUGGAAUAAGGAACAGUGCGUUGGAAUAGGAGGCGUCUGCCUAGAUACGGCCAUCCAGCCCGACAACCGCGACGGCGACGACGACGAAGAACAACAUUCCUGUUGACAGGUAGUCUGCGCCGCAGGUGACUCACACUUGCUGCUGCAGUCCCGGGUCCGAGAAUCCAGGACAUACCUUUGCAAGUGCACUCCCAUCCCCUGUCCGCACGAGCACCGGAGCGAGGAGGUGCGGAGGCUCAACAUACCUACCGCUGCCACCGCCACCCAGGAUACUUUCACCCUUGGAACCGAAUCCUAUCCAUUUCUCCUGGUGUUGUUGAACCGAAGAUCAUCAUCAGCCCUUGGCUCGUCGACGAUCUCGUCAACCCCGUCAGUGGAAUGAUCCAAGUGGAACGUGCGCGUUCAGGUAAACAAAAUGCGUGAAAUGUGAUUCAGAACGGGUGCAAUCUGGCUGUCUGUCUUCUGAACGCCUACGGCAGCCCCUUCCUCGCACCCAGAGGAACACUCCCCAGCAGUAUUACAGAACCACCAACCAGUGCACAGCGACAACGUGCAGAGGGACUGAAGGCAAAGUGUUGUAACUUGCAUCACACACAUCCAAGAGGCUAAUUAAGAUAAUUUUACAAACCGGUACAUAUAAGUGACAAGAAGGAACAGAGGACUUCUGCGGCGUAAGAACCACCGGUCAACAUGUCAUCGAAUCAUCUUCACUCGCAAAGCCAGGAUGCUGCGUUGAUCGCGCGUAUGCACCAAAUGCGCCUUGAUGGGAGCAAUGGCAGCAAAUUGACUAGCUCGUUGCCGCGAGCGCACCAAGCAUCGUUGCUGCUCGAGACCGGCAGUGGCGGUAACAAUACCUACGCAACGAUCCUGCCCGUAAGCAGCAGCGGUUCGUCUGGUAAUGUGGGGAACGCAACGCCCCAAUCAUCGAUGGCAUCGAUGGUCAACAUGCAGGAUUACCGCAUGUACGACCGGUACCAGAAUCAAAUGCUGGCUGCAGCAGCGGCCGGAAAAUUUCCCGGCACUACCAUGCAGGCACAACAUCAGCAGCAGCAGCAGCAGCAGCAAGGUGGUAGUGCGCAUGCUACUGGAGUGACGAUGACAAUGGCAGGCGGCGGUGGCGGUGCUGGAGGAGGUUAUCACCAGUACAAAGUAAACGGCAGCCCCACCCAUUCGAUGAGCAACUCAUCCUACCAGUCGGGCGCUGGUAGUCCACGGCCAAGUGUGCACAGCACCGGAAGUAACACUUCGAUCGGUGCAUCGAUGCACCAGCUGCAGCAACCGUACUACGACGGUUCCCGCUAUCAGCAGACUGUAUACGAAAACAUCGAUUACUAUCCUCCGCCAACGUCAACGCACCAGCAGCAGCCAUAUCAUUCGGCUGGGGACAGCGGACUGGCGUAUGACAAUAGAAAGUUUGAAUCGCACAACAUAAAAGCACAACCUCAGGUUCCGGUGGGACAGCAGCAUAACUCCGUCGCCGCAUCGUCGUUGUCGUUGGCGAACGGUGGUGGGCCACUCCACGGUAUGAUGCACAUGUCCGGACGUUACGCACACACUCCGCAGCCACCGGAGCUGCAGGAGCAACCACCGAUCUACGAAAACCUGCAGUCACCAACGCCACCAUCGGCUGGCCAGCAGCAGGCGCAACCACAAGCGACCAAAGGCUCCACCCAGGUGUACUAUCAUCCGCGAGCGGGCGACGGUAACAGCCCCAGUCCGGGAGCAGCCUCGGCUCAGCACAUCUCGGCUGCCUACCAUCAGCAACAGCACCAUCUGCAGCAGCAUUCAGCGGCUGGUGGUGAUCCAUAUCACCAACCCAUCUACGAAACGACGAAUAGUGCCAAUGCGUUGCGCUUAGCCACGGCACCAUCGGCCGCCACCGCUAGCGUGUAUCAUGCUCAGUCGUCACAGCAGCACUAUCAUCAGAACAUGCCACCAGCACAGGUGUACCAUCACUCGCCGACCAACAGUAGCAUAUCGGUGAAGAUUGCCCAGCAGCCCCAGCCAGUGCAGCUGCCGAACGUAAAGUAUCACGCCACGGGAGUUCCCGCGUCGGCUGCAUUGCCCUACGCGGACUUUCAGAAAUCCCCUAAGCUUGGCAGCUCAACCGCAGGACCUUCGCUGCCACCGAAGUCUUCCGAAGCCAUGAAAACCCAGCAGAAAAACAAUGGUUCGCCAUCACGUACUGGGCCCUCGUCCGUGGGCAAGGGCUUCGUCGAGGAUAUUAACAGUUCGGAUUACGUGUGCAUGACGAGUGGAACCAAAUACACGGGCACUAGUGGGGGUAGUAACAGUAGCAUCACUAGCACCGCUAACUCAGGGGCGAUGAAAGCGACUACCACCACCGUUACGUCACCGUCCGGCGGUGGGACGACAACGGCCGCCAUGCCCGUACUGGUAGGACAGGAACGCCAGUACGCUACGCUGCAGGAACUCGAAACGGCCAAACGACAGCAACAGCAGGCAACCGCUGCAACAUCAGGCAGUAUCGGCGGUCAAAGGCCGUCGGCUGCUAAUGGAACCGGAGCAGGAGGUCAAGCGAUGGCCACAGGACUGAUGGCACCCGGUCACAGUACAGGCAUGGCGACGGGUUUACGCGGUGCCGUUUCUCCCACUCCUUCGCAGCUGAGCAGCGGUUCGGGUUCAGGAAAACCGAAAGGAUUGACUAAAAACCUUCUUCCCUAUAACGUGACGCCACCACGGCCCACCGGUCCGACCGAGGCGGAGCGUAAGAUCGAAGAGAUGACGCGCCAGCUGGAGGAAGAGAUGGAAAAGAGCGAGGAGCAGGGUGAAUACUUUGGCAUCUGCCAUACGUGCAAGGAGAAGGUGACGGGUGCAGGGGCCGCUUGCCAGGCGAUGGGCAACCUCUACCACACCAACUGCUUCAUCUGCUGCUCGUGCGGCCGUGCGCUUCGUGGCAAGGCGUUCUACAAUGUGCACGGUCGGGUGUACUGCGAGGAGGACUACAUGUACUCUGGCUUCCAACAAACGGCGGAAAAGUGUGCAAUUUGUGGACAUUUAAUCAUGGAAAUGAUCCUACAAGCAAUGGGCAAAUCGUACCAUCCGGGAUGCUUCCGGUGCUGCGUGUGUAACGAGUGUCUCGACGGUGUACCGUUCACGGUCGAUGUGGACAACAAGAUCUACUGCGUCAACGAUUAUCACAGCAUGUUCGCCCCCAAGUGUGCCAGCUGCGGCAAGGGCAUUACACCAGUUGAGGGGACCGAGGAAACGGUACGCGUCGUCGCUAUGGACAAAGACUUCCACGUCGAUUGCUACAUCUGCGAAGAGUGCGGGAUGCAGUUGACGGACGAACCGGACAAACGUUGCUAUCCGUAUGAGGGCAGGCUGAUGUGCCGGUCUUGCCACAUUCAGAAGAUAUCGGUCCUACAGGACAUGCGUGGCCAGAUCAUCGAGUCGGUAUCGGCCACCUAUCAGUACAUGGGCUAGGCGAAGAGAGACGAACAACCGCGACAAAAGCUUAAGCGAUGUGUGCGCGCUAUGCUUUCGUAAUAGGGAUUCACGCUCUAGCUUCUCCCUCUAUAACAACUUGAAAGAUCUCCGACGGACUGGCGGUGUUGCUCGGCAUUUAGCGGAACCAUAUCUAGAACCUCUACAACUAGGCUCUGGCAAUCGAAUAGCAACGCGUUGCUCAUAUUCUAGCGAGAAACGUGAACAAAUCGAUGGAUAUUUUGUUAAUAUUUCCACAUUUUGCAUUUAGGACGAUACGGUAGGGAACAGUUUAGGCAGGGCUAGAGAUGGGUGGGAUCAAGUCGAGUCACUAACUCAGGAUGAGGUGAUGACAACGGAGAAAGGUUCGUCGGGUAUCUAAUAUCAACAUUCCACAGCUACGCGUUGACGAUAUGCUGCUACGAUUAUUUACUAACAUUAAUAUGCCUUGGCUUCACAUGGAGGCCGGCCAUCAUUUACGAGCGAGCGAAUAAUGGAAUGGGGUUGCCUCUUCUGAGGGCAGCUGGAAAGGAUCGUAAUUGCAUCCGAGCAGAGGGGGUCGGACGGAGAGAACAGUUGCAAUAUAGUUGCAUUUGCAUUUUAGGUUGGCCACAGUUGCGUCACUGCCGUAACAAAAUAAAUGCGUCAUUUGCGCGCGUAUUACAUGUA